AUGGCAAGAGAAAACCACACGAGUGUCUCCGACUUCCUGCUCCUGGGCUUCUCUGACCACCCAGAGCAGCAGCCUCUCCUCUUCGGGCUCUUCCUGGGCAUGUACCUGGUCACCGUGUUGGGGAACCUGCUCAUCAUCUUGGCCAUAGUUUCUGACCAGCACCUCCGCACCCCCAUGUACUUCUUCCUGGCCAACCUGUCCCUCAUUGAUACCUGCUUCUCCUGCACCAUUGUCCCCAAGGUGCUGGUGAACACCCUCACUCAGCACCACACCAUCACUUACACUGGCUGCCUCGUACAGAUGUACUUCUUCAUGGCAUUGACCCUGCUGGAUGACUUCCUGCUGGCCGUGAUGGCAUAUGACCGCUAUGUGGCCAUCUGCCUUCCUCUCCACUACACCACCAUCAUGUGUCCCCAACGCUGCCUGCUGCUGGUCGCCUCAUCCUGGUUCUGCGCCCACCUCCUGGCCUUCUCACUCACCCUCCUCAUGGCUCAGUUCUCCUUCUGUGCCUCCCAUUCCAUUCCACACUUCUUCUGUGACCUUCUCCCUGUCCUCAAACUUGCCUGCUCAGACACCCAGAUCUUUCAGGUCAUGAUGUUUGCUGAAGCAGCCCUCGCAGGUGUGGUCCCUCUCGCCUGUGUCCUGGUCUCUUAUGCCCACAUCAUGCACACCAUCCUCAAGGUCCCCUCAGCUAGGGGGAAACACAAGGUCUUCUCAACCUGUGGCUCUCACCUGUCAGUCGUCACUCUCUUCUAUGGGACACUUUUUCUAGUGUAUUUCCAGCCCUCUUCCUCCUACUCACCAGACACUGGAAUGGUUGUAUCUGUGAUAUAUACAAUGGUCACCCCCAUGCUGAACCCAUUCAUCUACAGCCUGAGGAACAAAGACAUGAAGAGGGCUCUCAAGAAGUUGCUACAGCUAAGGUCAGAAAUCAGAAACCACACGAGUGUCUCCGACUUCCUGCUCCUGGGCUUCUCUGACCACCCAGAGCAGCAGCCUCUCCUCUUCGGGCUCUUCCUGGGCAUGUACCUGGUCACCGUAUUGGGGAACCUGCUCAUCAUCUUGGCCAUAGUUUCUGACCAGCACCUCCGCACCCCCAUGUACUUCUUCCUGGCCAACCUGUCCCUCAUUGAUACCUGCUUCUCCUGCACCAUUGUCCCCAAGGUGCUGGUGAACACCCUCACUCAGCACCACACCAUCACUUACACUGGCUGCCUCGUACAGAUGUACUUCUUCAUGGCAUUGGCCCUGCUGGAUGACUUCCUGCUGGCCGUGAUGGCAUAUGACCGCUAUGUGGCCAUCUGCCUUCCUCUCCACUACAUCACCAUCAUGUGUCCCCAACGCUGCCUGCUGCUGGUUGCCGCAUCCUGGUUCUGCGCCCACCUCCUGGCCUUCUCACUCACCCUCCUCAUGGCUCAGUUCUCCUUCUGUGCCUCCCAUUCCAUCCCACACUUUUUCUGUGACCUUCUCCCUGUCCUCAAACUUGCCUGCUCAGACACCCAGAUCUUUCAGGUCAUGAUGUUUGCUGAAGCAGCCCUCGCAGGUGUGGUCCCUCUCACCUGUGUCCUGGUCUCUUAUGCGCACAUCAUGCACACCAUCCUCAGGGUCUCCUCAGCUGGGGGGAAGCACAAACUCUUCUCAACCUGUGGCUCUCACCUGACAGUAGUCACUCUUUUCUAUGGAACUGUCUUUCUUGUGUAUUUCCAGCCCUCUUCCUCCUACUCAGCAGGCACUGGAAUGAUGGCAUCUGUGGUGUACACAAUGGUCACCCCCAUGCUAAACCCGUUCAUCUACAGCCUGAGGAACAGAGACAUGAAGGGGGCUCUCAAGAGGCUUUUUACAAGAUUGACAUCUCAAAGGACCUACAUCCUCGAAAAUGGCUCCCACUGUGGGAAGAGUGGGCGGAGCUACGUGCGGAGGAUAGGGUCAACCGGAGGUCACGAACUCUCCGUGACCUCCUCCACCAAUCCACCCCUGGGACCGGGUCUUACCGUCCCACAGGUCCUCCGGUCCCACAGGUCCUCCGCUCCCGCAGUGUGCUCUGAGCGGUCUGCAAGCAGCUCCGCUGGCAUGGAAGUGGCUCGUUCGCUGGCUAUCUAG